UUAUCGUUACUGCGACGUGUAUCUCGCUACGUGUAUCGUCGGUCGCGAUUCGACAAACAAUUCGACGUACCGAAUAUUGUUUGUGAUGUGUGAGCAGUCGUGAAAAUUGUAUAGUCCGGUACGAGUUUACAUGACGUUAGAGUCCGUUGUCUCCGCGUUGACUAUGCGUGUCUCGCUUACGAGAAGUAUCGUCUUCGAAUUGAUUAAUCGCUGGAGAAUUAAAGAAGCUCACAAAACUUCGAAUCUAUCGGUUUUUGAUGAAUCCCGACGGUACAACCGGCAGUUUUAACGAACUAUGUGACUCGUUUGUUUUGCUGUCGCGCUCGUCGUAUUUUCACGCCGUAUUUUCGAGAUUUACGUCCACGAAAAAAGUCUGUUGCCGUUGCCUGAGGAUUAUUACGAUUAUCGUGCGACUGUCAAUAAACGCGAGUGUUGCUCGAAACAAUGGCCAUUGUGAUGAGAAUUCAAAAUAAUAAAGUGGUUUACCUAAAUGUACUCGCACCGAAGUUGAAAGGUAGACCACGAAGAAAACGUAAAAAGCGCAGCGCUUCGCCGGGCGAAUCGUCGAAUGAGAGCGAAGCCUCGGUGGCGUCGACGUCAAAAAGCACGUCGGCGACCACGAGCACCAGUUUGGUGAUACCCACGGUCGGCAGGCCGCCUUCGUCCGGGGUACGGCGGAGCGAGAGGAAGACCAGCGCGGAAGAGAAGAAGUUUAUCACCGACGUGCAGAGUUUUAUGAACUCUCGGGGUACGCCGGUCGGAAAGAUGCCACUGCUGGGCUACAGGCAGAUCGAUCUGUUCCUGUUUUACACGAAGGUGCAAAUGCUCGGUGGUUACGAUUCCGUCAGCGCUGGCCGCCUUUGGAAGACCAUCUACGACGACAUCGGUGGCAAUACGGGUUCUACUAGUGCAGCGACUAUUACACGUAGACACUAUGAAAGAUUAUUAUUACCAUAUGAAAGAUAUCAACGAGGCGAAGAGACAAAAGUGAGAUUAAAUAAUGGACGACGUACCAAGAGUAUGAGCGCGUCCGACGAUUUAGAUAUCAAGGAGGAACCGAGCGAUACAUACACGUCGGAGACACCUCCGCCUAUAGAUGCAAUUCCGGCGAUCACGACACCGCCUUUACAACCAAUAAUGUCAGCAACAACGACUUUACUCUCGAAUGAAAAACCCAAAGCCGAAACCGGCAAGACGUCUUCGUUACGUAGCGUGCGAGUGAAACCAGAACGCCUGAAGUCUCUGAAUACAAUAAUCGCCAACAACGCGACACCUUCCAGCCAGCAAACUAGCCAACUGCCAAGUCCACCGCCAUCCUCCAAUACGUCUGUCUCAACGCCCAACAGCACACCUUCCACAACACCAACGAAUGGUACCAGCAACAAUCAGAGCGUCUUGGAGCGGCAGCUCAACAGUCCUUUAAUAUCCCAACAAGUUCCACCAUCGUGUUCGCCACCAGGCUUGCCCGUAACCAGUGUAGCAACAAACGCGUCGACAGUCACACUAACGCCUCCGCCUGAGAAGGAUAUGAAGGAGAUUAAGUUAGAUCCCAAGCAGGCGACUCUAUUGGCACAGGGCAAGGAAAAUAUACCGUUGUUCGGCGGUGAGAAAUUCGUAGAGAAGACGAUAGUACCACCGGUCUCUAGAUCGCCCGAGGUGAUUGAUCUUGAGAACGAGAGCGACACUAGUCGGGACAAGAUAAUCAUUCCCAGCUUUAAGAAACGCAAACUCGAAAUUCUGCGCGAAGGUGGUCUCGAGGUCACCGCUGUCGAUUUGGAGUCGCGACCUAGCGUGAUUCAAAGUAACAUCUCCAUGUCGCCGCAGCAGCAGCAUCAGCCAGCGCCACCGCCGGCUACAAUGAAGUCCGCUGAAGAAAAGCAGCCGUCGGUUUCACCGUAUCCGCUUCCGGUCACGCCCAACUCCAUUCCUAAAUUGAUAUCUGUUACUGUGACGCCUGAUAUAGGACACAUGCUAUCGUCGCCGCAGGAGCAUCAAAAUCAUCAACCGCGAAUACCGCCGAUCAAACAACUACCGGCUCAUCACAAUAAUAACAAUAUUAGCAUGAUGAACAACAACAAUGUGGCGAAUAGUCGGAUAAUAAACCUCGGUAAUUCUAACAAUGCCGCGUUAUUGCAAUUAUAUGCGAAUGCGAACGCGAUAUCUCCGACUUCAGCGACAAUUCCAUAUCAACCAAACAAUCGUUUCGUUCCGCCAAAUAUUCCAAAUGGUAGGCUGUUACCACCGCGUCACAAAGUGACGCAAUCGAGAUCAAUAUUUAUGCACAACGAAAGGACGGUUUACGGAAAUCCCAAGGAUAUCAUUAUUUCUCCGCAAAAAUAUCGGCCGAUGCAUCUACAUCAACAUAAUCAACAUCAACAUCAACAGCAGCAGCAUCACCAACAACGCUCGCAGCAUCUUCAAAUGAGCUCUAGUAAUGACGUUGGACAAGGUGUUCUCGAUCUAACGCAAAAGUCGAGUGAGAAACCGACGUUUCCUAGGCCCAGUCUAGAAAUAGUCAGAGUACCUGUAGUGCAGAGGCCUAAUCCGUUAAAUUUGGACGUGCGAAACUCACUCGCAACCAAGGAGAAAGCGUCGGAAAGAUCUGUCGCCGAUUUUCCGAAACGAGUACCCCAUCCUGCCUACCAAAACGUAAUCGACAGUCGAACAAUAGCUUCGAAUAACCUCGAGAUUACGUUAGUGAAUCCCAAGCAAAAAAACAAUCAUCAUCUAAGUACGCCGUCUCACGUCCAAAUACCAAGUCCACCUAAUAAAAUCAGUGCAAUAGGAACAAUAAAUAACGCGCAAAGGAGGCAGCAACCACCUCAACAGAUGAAUGGCAAGUAUACAGUGAGAAGCGAACCAGUUUCGCCAUAUACGCCGAGGAAGCCGAGUCAUCCCAUUAUUCCGAACGUACCAAAUUUGAAUCAUCUGAAUCAUCAUAGUGGAAGUUCGUUUGCAAGAAUGCAGGCUACGACGAUACAACAGCAACAACAGAUGAGUAUUGAUAGGAGGAAAGCGGUCGCGGAGGUCGGUAGGGAUCAUCAACAUCGUAGGAUCAGCGAGGGCGAGAAAUCAUCCUUGGUAGCGCAACAACAGCAGCAGCAGCAACAACAACAAGAAUCCAGGCAGAACGAGGCUGGUCGACGGCAUAGUUUACCUAGCAUACCAUCGGGGUUUGUGCCGACGGUAUCGCAAAACAAUUCUGCCGCCUUUCCGUUGCCGCAACUGCCAAACGCGCCUGGCAAGUUCCUACCAAUUCUGGACCCCAUGUACUACUCCGCGUUCUAUAAUGGUUUGUUCCCACCGCCAAUUCCGCCCACGGCCGCUGCAGCUGCUGCCGCGACGUCAUUUCUACCGCCGGAAUUUAGCGCAUAUUACAAGGAAUUGCUCGCUUCCUCGCAACCAAGACUGACGGGGAUGACGGGGCAGCCGCCGCAUCAACAGCCGGCCGCCCCAACGUCUAAAUAGACAAUGGGAUCUCAACAUGUAGGGUUUCCGACAUAGCGAGAAGGAUACUUUUGAUUACGAGACAAGGAUCCGUCGGACUUUUUCGCUGUCGAAAUAUAUAUAUUAGCGAGUGAAGCGAUUUAAUGAUGAGAAUAACACGGCUCAUUCAGAUUACUUACGUUCAGUUUUGUUGUUUUUGUUCAAUUAAUUAACAAGCCGAAAUUAUUCACAGUGUUUGCGGUAGAACAAGGAUAAUUCCACAGAGCCUGGCAUGUGCAGAGAUAGAAUUAAUUAUUACCAAGAUCGGCGUAAUUUUCUAGAGAAAGAUGAUCUUCAAAGUUGCAUCAUACUUUCCGGAUAAUUAUAAAUGUUUCUACGUGAUUACACAUAUGCGUUUAAUAACAGUUGCAAUAAUAUGAUCCUUGCCCGCAUAACAUUUUGUUAUUGUCAAUCAGAAAUGCGGAUUUAAUAUAGUUAAUAUA